AUGAAUCUUCAACCUUAUUGCCUUGAUUCUCUAGAAUAUCCUACUUUUUGGAAGAAUACUAACAAACCUUCACUCAGAAAAUUUUUGAACUUCCGGUAUCUGGAAGGUAAUUUGGCUGAUUCAACACAAGAACACUCUCGAUAUAAAGACGAACUAGUUACAAUAAGCGAUUAUUACAAUGAGACUUCAGAAGUUGGAAAAAUAGUGCGAGAGUUGAUAGAAAAAUUUUCGGUAAAUGUAUUUGUUCAUUUUCAAAAUAUGGUUUUUGCAGAUUCAACGGAUCACUUUGCAAAUUGCGUAUUUGCACGAGCUAUCUUAUGGAUUGCUGACUAUCUUGGUGAUUGCUGGUUGCCAAGGAAUGAUUGCUGGUUGUCUGUGAAAGAAAAAUGCAGUGGAUCAGUAAAAUUCUUUUGGGAACUACAUGAAUCAGAGUUAGUUGAUAAGAAGUCAAAAUUGCAAUGGAAAGAAGGGAUGUCUGAAUUUGAAAAAAUAGGUCUACGCCAUCUCCGAGAGACUUCAUCUGCUGUACAAGAAAAACAAAUUUCAACUGAUAUCUGUACACCAAAGCGAACCAUUACGCUAGAAAAUAAAGAGAACGAAAACCUAUGUUAUGAUACUUCACCGAAGUAUAUAUGCAAAAAACCAUUACCAAACCCUUUUUUGGUGAAUCAACAAGGGAAAAAACGUGGUUUGGAAACCGAGGAAGAUGAAGGUGACGAAGAAUUUGAUGCAAGUCUAACGGUUGUUGGUGGAAAAAGCGCUGAAUGGAUCGUAAAUGGUAUUCGAAUCAGGGAACGUCUCAAAGAAUACAAUAUCGUAACACAAAUGAUCAGUGAUAUAAGUGAGAAAGAAAUUGAAAAUACUGUAGAAAAUGAAAUCAAAUUGCUGUUAGAUCAUGUCAUUGAUCGUGAUAUUAAGAAAACAAAGGAAAAACUCAAACAAGUAAAGGAAGAAGACACCGCUUUAUUUGAAAAUAAAUUCGCGUUGAAUUUCGUGAGACAUAUGGUGAGACUAAUGGAAGAUAUCAAUUUAUUACUCGACCCAAUGUCGGAAGGCACAUAUACUAAUAGUGUCCUAGUGCCCAUUUUCGAUGAAUUUUUUGUCAAAAAUAAAAGACAAUGGCGUGCAUCUUACGGCGAAACUUGUCUCAAAGCGAGCGCGAAAGACAAAAAUUCACAAAAUGAAGAUUCUGAACGCCGGUCCACUGGAAAGAAAAUUGACACUAUCAUUGAAUUGCGAGAAGAGAACGAAGAGUUUUCUGUCAUUGAAAUAAGUGGACCGCCGAUGAAAAAUGAUUGGUCGCACUAUAAAGGUGAUCGAUUGAAGAUUGCUAAAAUGUUAAAAACAAUUAUAAACCAUUAUGCGGAACUAAACCCGACUUGUGAUAUUACAUCGGUCAAGCUAUACGGAUUACAAGCGUAUUAUAUGGCAAGGGCCAACAAAACUAUAAUGGGCUUUUUGAAGUAUGAGUCAUUGUUAGCUGAAAGCGCAAAGUCGGUUCAAGAUUUUUUAUGGAGUGAAGGUGAUGAAUUUGAAUCAUCUAAGAAAAUGACAACACGUAUGACUCAUACCUCUACAAAAGACACUGAGGAGGCCGAAAACAUUAAAAAUACAAAAACAAGAAAAAAGAAACGAGUUGUUUUAUAA